AUGGCUCCCGCCGCCUCCGCACCGGGCGUGGCUCGCGUCGCCAUGCUGCGCGCCGCCGCCGCCGCUCGCCCGCAACCUCCGCCACGCGCCCUCCUCGCCGCCGCCUCCCCCGCCGCCAGCGCGUCUCGAACCUUCACGAACUUCCCGCAAUCCUCCAACUCCCUCUCAGGCAACCACUCUUCGUCGUCGUCGUCCUCCUCCUCGCCGCCCAGCAUCUUCGGCCUCCCCAGCCCCGGCGGCAGCCCGACGUCGUACUUCCAGCGGGCGCCGGCGCUGCCGGCCAACACGAUCGUGCGGUUCGUGCCGCAGCAGACGGCGUGGAUCGUGGAGCGCAUGGGCAAGUUCAACCGGAUACUGCAGCCCGGGCUGGCGGUGCUGAUCCCGUUCCUGGACCGCAUCGCGUACGUCAAGAGCUUGAAGGAGGCGGCGAUUGAGAUUCCGAGCCAGAGCGCCAUCACGGCGGACAACGUGACGUUGGAGCUGGACGGGGUGUUGUAUACGCGGGUGUUUGAUGCGUAUAAGGCUAGUUACGGAGUCGAGGACGCCGAGUACGCCAUCUCGCAGCUGGCGCAGACGACGAUGCGGUCGGAGAUCGGGCAGCUGACGCUGGACCACGUGCUGAAGGAGCGCGCGAACCUGAACGCCAACAUCACGGCGGCCAUCAACGAGGCGGCGCAGGACUGGGGCGUGACGUGCCUGCGGUACGAGAUCCGCGACAUCCACGCGCCGGGCCCGGUGGUCGAGGCCAUGCACCGGCAGGUCACGGCGGAGCGCAGCAAGCGCGCCGAGAUCCUCGAGUCGGAGGGCCAGCGCCAGAGCGCCAUCAACAUCGCCGAGGGCCGCAAGCAGAGCGUCAUCCUCGCGUCCGAGGCGCUGCGGUCCGAGCAGAUCAACAUGGCGAGCGGAGAGGCCGAGGCGAUCCUGCUCAAGGCCAAGGCCACGGCCGCCGGCAUCGACGCGGUGGCCCGGUCCGUCGAGCUGGGCGGGCGCAACGCGCAGAGCGCCGUCAGCCUCAGGGUCGCGGAGCAGUACGUCGACGCCUUCGCCAAGCUGGCCAAGGAGGGCACGUCGGUCGUCGUGCCGGGCAAUGUGGGCGACAUUGGCGGCAUGAUCGCCACGGCCAUGUCGGUGUACGGCAAGGUUUCGGAGGGCCAGGCGAGGAACACGGCGGCCAGGAUGCUGGGCGCCGGUGGUGAGGGCAACAACAACAAGCAGCAGCAACAGCAGCACGACUCGGCUGGCUCGCAGCGCGCGAGGGAGGUCGAGAGGGAGGCGCAGGAGCUUGGGGAGCAGGCGGAUGAUGUGCAGAGGAGUGUGUUGGAGAGCUUCGAGAACACGACGCAGAAGAGAUAG